AAGCAAACUACUUUAAACCCAACAUCUAGCUUCCUGUAUGUUUCCUACAUGUAUAAAAUUCUUUCUCUAUCAGACAACUGAUACCAUCAACAAGUUUCAAAGAUACACGUGAAUUAUUUUCACGUUCUCUUGUUCGUAGUUGUAGUGGUGUAAUGUUAUACAGUUUUUUGUGUCAAUAUGGCUGCGAUGCAGACACUGGAAACGAGCGGUGACAUGACGAGCACGAGUGGUUUGACGAAACCGGACAGAGUUUUGUUAUUCAGUGGCAAGAGAAAAUCCGGCAAGGAUUAUAUUACCGAUAUUUUGUAUAAGAGACUUGGUCCGCAAAAAAGCGCGAUACUACGACUAUCGGGACCCAUAAAAACGCACUGGGCAAAGUAUCUUAAUCUCGACAUCGAUCAACUACUGGGACACGGAGAGUACAAAGAAAAGUACAGACUCGAAAUGGUUAAAUGGGGAGAAGACAUGAGAAAAAAAGAUUACGGUUAUUUUUGUCGCGCCGCCAUUGACAUGUACAACGCACGCGAGAAGGCGGUAUGGAUAGUGAGCGAUGCCAGAAGAAAAACAGACAUUAAGUGGUUUAAGGAAAACUUCGGAGACGCUUGCAAAACAAUACGCAUAGUUUGUCCCGAUGAAAUUAGAAAAAAGCGCGGCUGGGUCUACAUACCAGGUAUAGAUGAUUCGGAAACGGAGUGCGAUCUGGACGACGUGACCGUUUGGGAUAUAUUGAUAAACAACGACGAUAACAACGAUAUAGAGGUCAUAUUCCAACAGCUGCUGGAUUUGAUCAGCUAGCUAAAACUUCCCUCACUCAUGAAUAUUUGUUUCCUUUUUAAGUGUUACUUGGUGUAAGAGAUAUAAAUUGCAUCUCACGAAACGCACCCGGUCCUCCGGACUAUACUCGCUGUUAACCUUCGAGGUUAGAUUCUCGCGUGGACAACUCUACAGGGUGCGGAAUCCAAAAUCCGGACAAAUUAUAUAUGUUUUUCUAAAUAUGUUUUAUUGCUACAAUGAAAAGAUUUACAAAAUUUGUUUAGCUCCACUGUUUGUAAGGCCAUAAAUAAUAUAUUUACUCAAUAUAUCCCCCGCUUGCUUGAAUGAUCGCCUCCAUUCUCGGUCUGAAUCGUGCGCAGGCACGCUUUAAUGCGUCACGGUCCAUAUCGGUGAAUGCCGA